AUGUCGCGCGGACCACUCCCAUCGACGCUGUGCCUGCUCUCGUCGCUGCCGUACCGCUCAGUCGGUGACAAGGUCCGCUUCCUAGGCUGUGUAGGCGCGUACUCCACUGCGAUGGGCAGUGUGAGCCUCGCCCACGACUACCCCGCCAACACCAACGUCACAGCGGUCGCCGACGUGAACCUGGUCCUGGAGACACUCACUCAUGAGACCUUGCAGCAGGGCGAGUGGGUCAACGUAGUGGGCUACGUGACGAGUCUGCAGCGCGCGACAGGCAAGGGGGGCGUCAAGGUGCACGUGCAGGCACUGAUGCUGUGGUCUGCUGGACCGGCGAUGGACGUGGCCAAGUACGAGUGCACAGUCGACGGGGGACUGCAUUGA